AUGUCCAACCCCAAGAAGCGCAAACCUACCGCCAGCUCAGGAAUCGGCUUCAGAGGCAGAUCCGACCCCGAGUACCCUCUGGACUACAUGGAAGGCGACGAAAACCACAGUUCAGCCUUCCUCGGACUCCAAGACAUGCAGCAAGAAAUGUACAACGACAUCAGGAAAUCGUUCAUCGGCGAAGAAGAGAAGAAGUUCUAUAAGAGAUGGACGAAGAAGGAGAAAGAGGAGAUGCGACAUGAGGCCAAGCUGGAUUUAGAGGAGGAGAAUAGACGGAUUUUGGAGGAGUUGAAGGUUAAGUUGGAGGCGGAUGUUGGGGCGAAGUAUGCGGAGGAGUUGCAGAAGAUGAAGGAUUUGUUGGAGAGGGAAGAGGAGAGGAGUGAGAGGUUGGAGGGGGAGUUGAGGAAGUUGAGGGAGGAGUGUCGGAAGCAUACUGCUGCUAGGACUUCUUCGACUUUGGAGGGCUUUUGA